AUGGGGUUGCAGACAGGGACCAACCCAACCAUCGCUGACAUCGCUACUGUCUCCAUUGGUGGCAAUGACAUUGGCUUUUAUAACAUUUUGACGGCAUGUGUACUCUGGGUUGGUGGAAACUGGGCUGGAGACUGCGACACAGAAGUUGCUAAAGCUAAUGAGAUACUUGCCAGCCCGGAUCUCUCCACUAACAUUACGUCCGUAUUGAAAGAAAUCAUUGACAAGAAUGGCAAUGACGCCUUCAAGGUUUAUAUGACAGGCUAUGUGACUUUUUUCAACGAAGCCACACCCCUCUGCGAGAGCUCAUCGUUCAGAAUAUGGAAUCCUCAUUACGACAAUACCCACAAAGAGAAAGGCCAGCCAUGGCUAACGACAGCUCUACGGGCACAGCUAAAUGGUGUAGUCGUGGCUUUGAACACGAUACUCAGCCACAUCACCAGCUCUGUUAACGCUUACUAUGGCAACACUCAGAGAAUCGUCUUCGUAGAUCCAAAUUCUGCUUAUGCCGGUCAUAGAUGGUGCGAAGAUGGCGUGUACGAGCCAGACAAUGGUAGACUGAAUACCUGGCUCUUCCUUUCUAGUACCCCUGAUAACAGUCUUCCCGACGAUCCACUUGGUGCUUUGGAAUCUUACCAACAAGAGCAAUCGGAGCUGGUUGCCGGACCUGAUUUUCCUCUGCCAGAUCCGACUACGUGCAGAGAAACCUUGACACAAUUCAAUUCACUUGUCCGUAGUGACUGGUAUGAGAACAUGCUGUGCGAUAUUUCCAUCGCUACUUCAAGCGCCUCGUCCUUCGAGUACCAAGUCAUACAAAAAGAAGCCAUGCAGAUUCAACAGGGUAAUCUCACGAAGCUACGAAUUCCGUGGUAUGUACCAACCAGGUUGGCGAAGACUUUCCACCCAAAGACUCUUGGCCAGCUAGCGUUUGCAAAUGAGAUCAUGGCGGUGUGGUGA